CCUUAUAAUCUUAAUUAAAAUAAAAAAAAAAAACGAACACAUCGUUGGGGGUGGGAAACGAGAACGCGAUGGGAGCAGAAAGUGAAAGGAAAGAAGAAGAGAGACCAAUAAGAGCUUCUAUCACACAAGACCAAUUCCUCUCAUGGAAGCGCCACAAGGAUGCUGCUGAAUCAGCCAGAAAAGCUGAACAAUCCAGGAAACGGGCAGAGGAUAUUGCCGCCGGAACAGUCCAAAUGAACGGCCGAGAGCUGUUUCUGCAUGAGCCAUGGGUGUUUGAUGACUCACGUGUUUGAGGUUUCUUUUCAUUGGCUCAAACAGCUUUUCAUAGUGUUGCUGCCAAUGCAUCCUUUUUAUUGACGCGGGUUUCAUCUAUGAUAUAUCAUUAUAUUUCUAGAAAUAUACUUUUGGAAAUACAAUGUUUGUGCCUUUGGCAAAUCUUCCUUAUUCAACUUUUACUUGCAUGCUUUUUGAUUAAGCUUGAUCUGUUUCUUUUUAAUACAAGAUGGAGUCAGCAUGUUUCUGUUCAUGCUUCUCUAAAUAGACUGUUACUUCCCAAUUAGGGGUUUAGGGGUUCAGGAGUAGCAUAUUUAAUUAGACAAUAACCUUGUUCAUACGUUCAUAUACAAAAGAAACAUCACAGACAA